AUGCUAUCUGACCUGAAUGAGCCACCUGGUGGUAAAACUGGUAACUGCCUACUCACAUCUUCGUUAUUGGAGUCCCAUAAAAAUUUUAGGAAGGAAAUCAUGGGGUUCUUUCACCAGCUAAAGAUUCUAUUGUGGAAAAACUUUACUUUGAAGAAGAGAGCACCACUGGUGGUACUGUUUGAGAUCUCCAUCCCGCUGGUCUUGUUUGUGAUUGUCCUUCUCAUCAGACUGAAGCAGAGGCCUACAAAGCAGGCAGUGUCGUACCAUCAUACACGCCCCCUACCAUCAGCAGGUGUGAUCUCAAUCAUGCAGGCCUUCUGUGACAAUGGAGUAAAGGAUGAGCAUGGCUUCUUGAAUUACCCAAACUCAACAGUGCCAACAUUCCUGAAACAGUUUGACAAUGUAUCACGUCACAACAACUUCUUCAACCCAGGAUUCAGCCCAGAAGAAAUGGACACCAUACCUGACAUGUAUCGUAGCAUUAUAGAGGAUCCAAUAGCCAUCCAUGACAAGUUCACUCAUGCUCAAGAUUUCUCAUUGGACAAGAUCUUCUCGCAUCCAGUCUCUGUAGAUGAUUUUUUAAUGCAUAAUCUCAGUAUGCCUCGUGAUGAGGCUAUGGCUCUUAUGGCAUCAACAGUCAACACAUCAGAGAUUUACAGGAUGCUAUUUGGUGACAAUCUACUGGAUGAUACAGGAAACCGUCUGCUCAAAACAGAUAUCCAUGACACACCACAUAAAGAUUUACCAGAAUUAAUCACUGGUGCCAUCUAUGAAUUUAUUAGUGGUGAUAGCCAAUCAAAGAGCAUAUCUCAAGCUUCUGGUAUAUUGACACAGUUGCUAGGGUUAAGAGAAAAAGGAACAUCAGGACCAUUAUCUCCUAGCCAAGUUGUAGAUAUGUUGAAGAUGGUGCUACUGUCUCCAAAGUCACUUCAUGAAGUUGCCUGUGAUAAGAUAGAAGUCAGACGUCUGCUCAUUCCCGCCAAACCAGAGGAUGCUUUACCAUUGUCCAAAAGUCAGGCGUACAUAUGUGGGUUAAACAGCACCCAGCUCACUGAGCUCUCCAACAAUCUCAGUGCAAGCAUAUCAGAUAACAACAUCAUCAACAUUUUCCACCUUGGGGACAUGAAUGUGACAUCUGCUCAACAGAGAAUCAAGGAAUUUGCUCAUAAUUUGAAAAACUUUGCAUUGUUUGAGCGUAAUAUGAUAGAGUUGAGCGCUCUUGCGGCUAAUCUCCCUGCAAAUGGUUGUCAUGGCGACAAAGAGGGCAACAGCACUCUAAAUACUAGCAGCAGCACCAUCUCACCAGGCACGACCGAGCCUUCGACAGAAGAUAACGGGAAAAUAGAAGAGAGUGGGGGUCAGGAGAAAAUAGAUAGGAAGCCUAGUAAAUAUGCAGGUCUUCUCCAACUGUGGUUUGCUAUGCAGGAUACUGUCUGUGGUAACCCAAAUACAAUAACACCUGAAAAAAUGGAUGAAUACAUGUAUUCAGACACCUUAAACCUAAAGGAUAUGGGUUUGUCUUCGAAACAACAGAGAGAUGUUGGAAUCUUAGUCCAUGUGUUGUAUAGCAAUCCCAAGGUCCUGUAUGCCCCUAACACAACAGCUGUGAGCUCAGUUAUGACUAAGGCUAAUGAAUCAUUUGCUCUGGUGGACACUAUCAGUCAGUAUGCUGAGGAAUGGUUGAAUGCCAAUGAAUCGUUUGCUCUGGUGGAUACUAUCAGUCAGUAUGCUGAGGAAUGGUUGAAUGUGUCUUCUAGAUUGCGCACAUAUCUUCUUCUGAACUCAACAGCAAGGAAUUUGAAGCAAAUGAAAAAGAUGCAAGACCAGAUGAAAAAUCUCCCAGAUUUCUUCACCAACUUUGCCAACCCAGACAUCACCAACUUUGCACAGAAUGUAACGAUCUACGACCAGAAAACAUUCCUCCACCAACUUGACAUUGUUGACAAUGCUGCAUGCGCCUGGAGGGACAUGGUAUCUGGCAUCAGCUUCAAUAUCUUCAGAGGUUUCGCCACAGAGGAGGAGCUGGUGUAUUAUGUUCUCAACGAGGCAUAUCAUAACAAUGAAACUGUACUGGCCAGUCUUGUGUUUGAAACUAAAGAAGAUGGAAGCCUUCCGCCGCAUGUCACAUAUAAGAUCAGGCAAAAUGCGUCAUUCACUGAAAGCACUAAACUCAUUCGACCAAAGUACUGGUACCCAGGGCCAAAAGAUUGGGGCUUCAGUUAUUACUAUUUUGGUUUCGUCUGGAUUCAGGAUAUUAUUGAGCGGGCAAUUAUCGCAGAGUUUGUAGGACAUGACAUCACAGAACCUGGGGCAUAUAUACAAGUUUAUCCAUAUCCAUGUUACAUGAAUGACGAGUUCUUGUUCAUGAUUGAACAUGUGAUGCCUUUAUGUCUGACCAUAUCCUGGGUGUACACUGUUGCCAUGCUGGUACAAAGUGUUGUUUAUGAGAAAGAACAGAGACUCAAGGAGGUGAUGAAAAUGAUGGGAUUGAACAACUCUGUUCAUUGGGUGGCUUGGUUUAUGACAUCAUUCCUCCAGAUGUCUGUAACCAUGGCAAUACUGACAGCCAUGUUGAAGUAUGGCAAUGUCCUUAGUUACAGCAACCCUCUCAUCAUCUUUCUUGUCCUUGAGAUGUUUGCCGUGGCAACCAUUGCAUUCUCAUUUCUAGUUAGUGUGUGCUACUCCAAGGCAAAGUUAGCAGCUGCUUGUGCAGGUAUCAUCUACUUCCUCACAUAUGUACCAUAUAUGUAUGUAGCGAUUCGUGAGGAGGCUGCAGGGGACAGGAUUGCUGCAUGGGCCAAGUCUAUAGCCUCCCUUAUGUCAACCACAGCUUUUGGACUUGGCUCAAAAUACUUUGCGUACUAUGAGAUUGAAGGCAUAGGUGUACAGUGGAAUAAUAUCUAUAUCUCCCCUGUGGAAAAUGAUCAGUACAAUCUGCUGUCUGUGUGUCUGAUGAUGAUGUUUGACUGUAUUCUAUAUUUCAUACUAGUCUGGUAUAUAGAACAUGUUCACCCAGGAUCAUAUGGUCUACCAAAACCAUGGUACUUUCCUUUUCUGCGUUCCUACUGGUGUGGCCAUGUGCAGACAGAGGCGGAGCAAUGUAGUUGGAGAAACUGUCUCAAAGGGCGGAGGAACUUGUCAGUCAUGGAGGAGGACCAGGCAUGUGCUGUCAAUCAACAACAUAAUGAGAUAUAUAUGGAGUCAGAGCCCACACACCUGCAAUUGGGAUUGGAGAUUGACAACCUUUCUAAAGUGUAUAAGAAUGGGAAACAAGCUGUGAACAAGCUGAGUUUGAAUCUUUAUGAAGACCAGAUAACCUCUUUCCUUGGGCACAAUGGAGCAGGGAAAACAACCACAAUGUCAAUCAUAACUGGAUUAUUCCCGCCAACCAGUGGAUAUGCGACCAUAUAUGGCAAGGACAUUCGUACUGAGAUGGAAGAAAUUCGUAAAAGUCUUGGAAUGUGUCCACAGCAUAAUGUAUUGUUUGACAAAUUGACUGUUGAGGAACAUCUGUGGUUCUAUGCCAGGCUGAAAGACAUGAAGACCAAAGACAUCAACCGAGAGAUGGACUCCAUCAUAGCAGAUGUAGGACUUCCUGAUAAACGCAAGACCAAUGUUGAGAACCUCUCAGGUGGCAUGCAGAGGAAGUUAUCAGUUGCUAUAGCGUUUGUUGCCGGAUCCAGGACGGUGAUAUUAGAUGAGCCCACUGCAGGGGUGGAUCCUUAUGCCCGUAGAGCUAUCUGGGAUCUUUUGUUGAAAUACAAGAAAGGACGUACUAUUCUAUUGUCCACUCACCACAUGGAUGAGGCUGAUCUACUUGGGGACCGUAUCGCUAUCAUCUCUAGUGGUCAACUGAAGUGUUGCGGCUCACCAAUAUUUUUGAAGAAUUCAUAUGGAGACGGUUAUCACCUCAUCCUGGUGAAGAAGAUGGUGCAAAUUGAUGAAGAAGGAGAAGGCAGUGAAUUUGUAUUUGAGAGAGACAGUGCUCCUGUACAUUCAUUGGAUACAGAAUGUGACUCUAGUGCUGUAACUACAUUCAUCAACAAACACAUGCAGAGUGCCUACUUACAAUCAGAAACACAGCAGGAGCUGCACUAUGUCUUGCCAUUCCAGGAGGCUAAGAAAGGACACUUUGAAAAACUAUUCACUGGCCUUGAGAAGUCUUUGGAUGAGUUACAUCUGAGCAGUUUUGGUGUCAUGGAUACGACCUUGGAGGAGGUUUUCCUCAAGGUCAAUGACCAAUCUUCCACCUUGGAGGAGGAGCGUGAAAAAGAAGCAGAAUUAAAAUCCUUAGAGCAGUACUCGCUAGACAAGGGGGAGCCACGUGCCCCAUCAAAUCGCCAUCGACGAAAUAUUUCUAAUGUCAGUAACAUUUCUCAGCAGUCUCUAACAAACUUACCAUUCCGUUAUUCUCACAGAAGACAAUUUUCUGAUGGUAGUCAUGGAAGUAUGGGAUCCCUAACCCAUCUACCAACUCGAUUUUAUAGUAAUGGUCACCGCAGACAGCGCUCUGAUGUAAGCAAUCAUUCCGUGUCAUCAACCAUUGGUCUUCUAGGUGGAAAUAAUUACAAUAAUUUACAUAUGGAAAAUAUUGGAAUUGUGAGUGGUAACCAUGGUAACCAGGACACAAUGGAACAUAGUCAAGUGAGACGCUUGAGACGUGGACACAGGAGACAACAUUCAGACACUUCGGCUGGACAUUUUAGACACAUGAAUCCAUUAGGAUUUAGAAUGGAGGCCCAUGAUUCUGGAAUAGCAGGUAUGGGCCAAGAAAGGGAAGACAUACCAAAAUACAAGGGUGAAAAUGUAGGAGUUAACAAUGAGCAAAAUGCAAUUAAAAUUCAGAAAAAUAAAGCACAAGACAGGGAGCAUGUUAUUAAAGACCAAGAGCAUAGUGUAAUAGAUAAACCUCACACUGAAGUAGCACAGAGGGAUCAAGCAGUAGAAGAUUGUGCAAUGUUAACAGACAUAGGCCACCCAGAUGAUUUGCGACUCCCCAUGCCUGCUGAUGAACCCCUCCUAAGUAGUCUACAUAGACGACAAUUCUCAAAUGGCAGUUCAAAUUCAUUUACUAAUACACUUGGACAGUCUGACACCAUGCUAUUGAGAACAAUUGGAAAUAGUGGUGAUCAUGUACCAUUAAGAACAAUCCAAAACAAUGGUGACACCUUGCCUCUAAGGAUAAAUGAUCAUGACAGUGAUAAUGAAUCCCUUGUAGGCCAGCCCAUGGGACAAACAAAUGGAGGAUAUUCCCGCCUCCCAACAUUUGAUCCAACUGCAGCAAAUCCAGAGCCCGUGAUUUGUGAUGGAAAAGGAUCGUAUAAAGUGACCAAGAAAGAGCUGCUAUUCCAACAAUUUAUUGCCAUCAUAGUUAAACGAUUUUUCUACAUUCGUCGCAACUGGAAGGGACUAUUUUCUCAAAUCCUCUUACCAGCAUUAUUUAUAUGUAUUGCCAUGACAGUCGCAUUGACGGCACCUCAAGUGAAAGAUCUCCCAUCAUUAGAGCUCAGUCCGUCCCAGUACUUCAACCUCACCCAGCCUCGUGGAAACUUCAUUCCAUUCUCAAAUGUGGCUGCCCAUGGUAAAGGAGCACCCCCAUUGAAAGGGAGAUACGCUAAAACAUCCCCAGAGGCUCUUAUUCAGACACUCCAUCUACCCUCGGGUGUUGGGGCAACUUGCGUCCUUAAAAAGCCUUUCAAUAAUUCAUUCGAUGUUGACAUUCUUAAGACUCUUAACACCACAAGUAGCUUUCAUCUAUUACAGAAAUAUUUUGAGCCCAAGUGUCAGCAUGUAUUCGAGAGAGGGCUACCACUAGAGAAUUUUGUCCCUCCUGUACCAAAGGAGUCCAACUUACUGAGGUCGCGAAGAUUAUUAACCAAUGAAACAAUAGUUGAAUCUGACGAGCCAAAGAAAACAGAACCUCGUUAUUACCCAUCAUGCACUUGUGCUGAAGAUAAUAGUGGAUUUAUUUGUGAGAAUUAUGGGUACCAGAGUGCUCCUCGGUUCAGUUGUGUGACGAGUGAUAUUCUCGUGGAUAUUACAGGGCAGAAUGAAUCUGAGUAUUACCUCAAAACAACUGAUGAAUAUCGACUGCACAGGUAUGGAUCAUUUGCAUUUGGACAUGUAAGGGACUAUGUGCCUCUUGGGUUUGGUGAAUCUGCUCCUGCUCUGUUUAAGAAACUCGCAGUCAGGAAUGUCUCUAAAGUCUGGUACUUCAACAAAGGCUACCAUUCUGUGCCUACAUACCUUAAUGUUCUGAACAAUGCAAUCCUACGAGCUAAUCUGCCUAAGAGCAUGGGCAACCCUGCUGCAUAUGGUAUCACUGUGAUCAACCACCCAAUGAAUAACACCAACAACCAAUUGUCCAUGGAUGUCAUCCUCCAGGGCUCUGAUGCGCUCAUCUCCAUCUUUAUCAUUGUUGCCAUGUCCUUUGUGCCUGCCAGCUUCGUGCUCUUCUUGGUCUAUGAGAGAUCCAUCAAAGCUAAGCAUUUGCAGUUUGUCAGUGGAAUCAAUCCUGUCAUCUACUGGCUCGCUAACUAUAUAUGGGAUAUGUGCAAUUAUGUCAUUCCUGCCGUUUGCUGUAUUGUGAUACUCAAGAUAUUUGAUAUUCCUGCCUACGUGUCUGCCAACAAUUUUCCUGCUGUCAUAUCACUCUUUCUUCUAUAUGGGUGGUCCAUUACGCCAAUGAUGUACCCAGUUUCAUUUAGAUUUGAGGAGCCAAGUAGUGCUUACAUCUUUCUCAUCGUUAUCAAUCUGUUCGUUGGCAUCACAUGUAUUGUCACCAGCUUCCUGCUUGAAUUGUUCCAGUAUGAUAAGGAACUGAGUAGAGUCCAUGAUGUGUUAAAGUGUGUCUUUCUGCUAUUUCCAAACUACAGCCUUGGACGUGGUCUCAUGGAUGUGGCAUUCAAUGAAUACCGCAAUGACUACUUUUUCAAAACUGGUCAGUACGAUCAGAUGAAGUCACCAUUUGAGUGGAACCUUAUGGCCCGUAAUCUUGUAGCCAUGGCCUGUAUGGGUUGCAUCUUCUUCAUUAUUACACUCAUCUGUGAAUACAACUUCUUUCGUAAACAAAAGUGCCUUCCUGUGUCGACUCAUAUUCCAGUUGUGAAUGGAGAAGAUGCUGACGUUGCAGCGGAACGACGUCGUGUUUUACGAGGUACUGGGAGGAAUGACAUCAUAAGAUUGGAAAAUUUGACCAAGGUGUACCACACACGUAAACUUGGCAGCCGUCUUGCUGUUGAUCGAUUAUGCCUUGGUGUUCCCCAGGGAGAGUGUUUUGGCUUGCUUGGUGUUAAUGGGGCUGGAAAGACCACCACAUUUAAGAUGCUGACAGGUGAUGUGGGUCCAACCUCUGGAAAUGCUUUCAUGAAUGGCCACAGCAUUCAGAAAGACUUGCUUAAAGUCCAGCAGAAUGUAGGGUAUUGUCCACAGUUUGAUGCCUUGUAUGAUGAACUGACAGGACGUGAACAUCUUACGCUGUAUGCUAGACUACGUGGUAUUCCCCUCAAGGAAGAGAAACAGGUUGUGGAGUGGGCCCUGAACAAACUUGCUCUCUCCCAGUAUGCUGACAAGCCAUCAGGGACGUACAGCGGAGGGAACAAAAGGAAGCUUUCAACUGCUAUUGCUCUACUAGGAAAUCCCCCAGUAAUAUUUUUGGAUGAGCCUACUACGGGGAUGGACCCACACUCCAAGCGUUUUCUCUGGGACCUUAUUCUAGACCUUGUUAAGGGAGGACGCUCAAUUAUUCUAACAUCUCAUAGCAUGGAGGAAUGCGAAGCCUUGUGUACCCGCCUGGCUAUCAUGGUGAAUGGAAAGUUCAAGUGUAUGGGAAGCAUUCAACACCUCAAGAACAGAUUUGGUGAUGGUUACACUGUCAGCAUUAGAGUCAAGGGGCCGAGCUUUGAAAGAAACAUCCUUAUGGUUCAGCGCUAUUUUGAUAGGAAUUUUCCGGAAGCUGUUCCUAAGGAGUUACACCACAAUAUUGUGCAAUAUGAGCUUGGCAGUAGUAACCUCUCCUUGGCUGAUGUAUUUGCUAAGAUGGAGGAGAUACAGAGAGAGCUAGAAGUCGAAGACUAUUCUGUUUGUCAGAAUACACUUGAUAACGUGUUUAUUAAUUUUGUAAAGCAGCAAGCAGACUUAGUGCAGGAAACAGGAGGUGAGUCAUGUGACCAGUCAUGUGACCAAGAUGAGGACUAUGCCUCAGGUCUUGAACAGGGGAGAUUGUCUUUUGUAACCAUGGAGGUGGCAGAAGCUUGAUUCUAUAAGACUACAACAUCGCUAUCUAGCUAAAUGGAGCAGACAAUCUAUAUAGUGUAAUACCUAUCAAAUGGAACACCUCCAUAAGUGGUAUACUUUUCAAGCCCAGUUACCCACUAAUGUAAAGUGAGCAUCUGUUAGUGGACCACCUCCCAAGUAAAACACUAUUUUAAGGUAUCAAAGGUGUUUCAGUACAAGUAUUGAUGAGAACGUGGGAAUCUUUGUGAAGUCAAUGUAAGACUCUGAAAGAGACCUGGGUAAUACUGAUUUAAUAUGGCAGAAGCUUGGUGUAUGUGAUCAGAACUUGUGAACUGACAAGUGACCUAGAUACGUAAAUGGCUACAAGUUGGCGAGGUAAAACAAAAAUGCUGCUUUAAAAUGAUAUCAGCAUAAGAGAGCAGUUUUAAAAUGAUAUGGAUAUCGAAAAGGGAAAAAGCAAUACCUUGACAGGUUUAAAUUGUAAAGACAGCCAGAGAUGUAGAAUUUUAUUUUUGUUUCCUACUGAAGUAUAUAGUGAUCGCAAAAAAAAUUAAAGGUGGAUAUGUUGAUAUACAAAAAGGCAUUAAAACUAGCAUAUCAAGGACUGCAUUAUAGUGUAAGCAAUUGUGAUUUUCUAAAUUAAAACUAAUAUCAUAUAUUUUCAAUAACUAGAUAUAGUAGAUUGCAACAGAUAAAAUGAAAAAGUAAUAUGUUGUGGGUAAAAAAGUGCAGAAGUGGCACAUUUAAUGUUCAUUUUUGCACAUUGAUACUUUUUGCAUUUGUAGGUGCUAAAUAUUUCUAGUCUAGGAUCUAAAAGGUUAAUUUAUGUUUUUUUUAUUCUACUUUGCAAUAAAGACCCCAUGGCUGCUGACAUGGGUAGAUGUAAAGUCUGGGCAAUAAAUAAAUGAAUAGUGGAUUUGCUGAAGUGAGGAUUUCCCAUAUUAAAAAUAAGAGAAUUUUCAAGAGGCUAAACAUCAGUGGAUGAGAGUAUUCAAAAUGUAAAAUAUAAAAAUUAG